CUGCUUCCGAAGGAGCAGCGUUGCGUGGUCCGCCAACCAUAACUCAGCUGGAUGGAAACGGAGGAGGACUAGGAGCUCAAUCCGUUUCCCUCUUGACCAAAACAAUUUUUAGUUGUGCUUCAGAAAUGGAGUAGUUAAGCGGGGGGAAAGGGCUAUCGACUACCGAGGGUCAGAAGACUGCUUAAAGUGUGUGUUCCAGAGCAUGGAAACGGGGUUGCGCCGUUGGAUAAAGUAACAACGAGAUGACUGUCCGGCAGCAGGCGAACCGACUGUAGGCUCUUGUCUAACUUUGGGGGCAUGAUGUUGCGCCUGCUGUGCCAUGUCCUGUCUCUGCUGGUGGUGGGGCACUGCACUGCGGUCAAGAACUGCCACCAUGGGUGCCGCUGCGAGGUGGAGAACUUUGGCCAGUUUGACAGCUUCAGCCUGACCAGGGUGGACUGCAGCGGGCUGGGCCCCGCCGCCUCUGUGCCUGUCCCCAUCCCCCUGGACACCACGCACCUGGACCUGUCGUCCAACACCAUGGGCCCGCUGAGCGACUCCAUGCUCACCGGGCCGGGCUACACCACCCUGAUCAGCCUGGACCUCAGCAGCAACCACAUCACCGAGAUCAGCCCGAAUGCCUUGCGCAGGCUGCGUUACCUGGAGAACCUGGACCUGAGGGACAACGCCCUGGAGAGCCUUUCCUCCAGGGCCCUGGCCGGGCUCCCUCUGGCGGAGGUGGACCUCAGCUACAACCGCUUCCAGAACUUUGACAUGGACGUGUUUGCCACCAAAGUCAACGGCGAGCCUGUCAUCGUGGAUCUGUCUCACAACCAGAUCCGCAGCGUUACCCGGGACCAGGGGGGCGUGCCCUUCAUCCAGAGCUUAUCUCUGUCGGCCAACCGCCUGACGGACAUCCCCGCGCUGGGGGGCCUCCCGCUGCGCUACCUGAACCUGGACGACAACCCCAUCGUCUCCGUCCCGGAGGGGGCCUUCUCGCAGCUCAAGGACCUGGUCCACCUGUCCCUCAGCGGGAUGAGCCAGCUGCGGGACGUCCAGCCCUAUGGGUUCCAGGGCCUCCAGAGCCUGCAGGUGCUGGACCUCUCGGAGAACCCCGAGCUCAAGACGCUGAGUCUGGCCGUUUUCAGCGGGCUGGGGUCCCUCCAGGAACUGAACCUUUUACUCGGGGUGCUGUCGCUGCCGGGGAACAUGCUGGCCCACCUGCCCAGCAUCAAGAGCAUCACGCUGGGACAGGGCAUCCAUUGCCGGAGGACGCAGAAGCAGGGGCAGUUCCACUGGCAGCUGGGCCAGGUGACGCACAACGAUGUGCUGACCUGUAAUGUGGACGGUGUGAUGGUGUGAGGCGGGGGAGGAAAGACGAGAUGUCACGAGAAGAGAUUUCGGUGGUCAAACACUUUGACAUUGAACAAUGUCUUUUGAGAUCGAUGAAAACCUCCCUCUCUGUUAAUGUUAUAGGUCUACAAUGCUAUAGAUAUUUAUUUUGUUUAAGGAAAAAGUAUCUCUCCUGAGAUCUGAUGAAACAGUGUUGCAAAAUAGGUAUAUUUAAUUAUGUGGAAAUUACACCAUUUUAGAUGCUGGUGUUUAAUUUUUUAUGAUUUUGUAAUUUGCACCUUUAUAAUUUAUCCGGGAUUUUAUUAACCCACACAUUGCCAAAGAGUACCGCAAUGUAACUUCCGAACAUUGCUUUAAAUAUCCACAAUGGGAAUGUCUACACAUUUUGACCACUAAGGAUUGUUCUCAAUAUCCAUAUUUACACUGAGACACAUUUACACAUAGACCAUGAGAAAGUUACAUACUCCGUUGCCACACAAUGCCAAAGAGUACCGCAAUGUUACUUCGGAACAUUGCUUUAAAUAUCCACAUUAGGGAAUGUCUACACAUUUUGACCACUAAGGAUUGUUCUCAAUAUCCAUAUUUACACUGAGAUGCAUUUACACAUAGACCAUGAGAAAGUUACAUACUCCGUUGCCUCCACAUUUUACAGAGUCCCUCACUGAGGAUUUCUGACGCACAGGAUUCUCCAAAUAGCUCUCAUAGUUACUGCAAACAACAAACUGUAGGCACACGUGUCGAAUACAAGAAUCUUCUUUAAAUAUGUUAUCUGAAGGCUAAUAAGUUCUGUGUUGAGCACAAUUCAUAUAUGUUACAUUUAAAAUGUUCAAAUGUGUGCUCAAAACUAAAAGGUCGUGCUCAAAAGCGUAUUAUUCCUCUAAUAUUUGUAAUUGGUUGGGAAAAUCAGGAAAUACUGGUAUGAAAGUACCGGGAAUAACGGUAUGGAAAUACCUCAAAAUAUCUAUAUUUUCAACAGGAACACAAUAAUAAUCCUUUGAGACUUUAGUUGUUCAAAUACUAACCGAAUAAUAAUUCGGAUUUCAUUCUGCCAUAGCAUUGCAUAACAAAACGUUGUUAGAGUGUAGUCAAACACUAGAAACAAAGAAGCAUGACACCAAUUCGAGCCAAUCAAAAACCGCUGUAGCAAUGACCCGUGUUCACCAGAGAGUGCCGUCCUUAAGGUUUUAUAUCAGUGUUUGAACAAUCUUUAACUACUGUUUCCACUUCUCAAUCAUCAGUUCAAUUGGAAAUUACCUAAUCUCUAAUGUGGUGUAAACUGUUACAUUUGCAUUGUGUUCUUAAAAAAUAAAACAUUCAAAGUUAAAAAGAGA